AGUGGCGCGUCUCAAGGAGGUGGGCGAGGAGCUAGUGGUGAGAUCUCCGGGCUCCUUAGUCCCUCCGCCCAUCAGUCACGCGGCGGUCCGCGGGCUCAGGAGGCGGGUUAGGCAGACCCGGGACAUGGCGGAAAGUGGAGGCUGGCAGCCGCCGCGCCCGUGCGAGGCCUACCGCGCCGAGUGGGAGCUCUGCAGCAGCGCCGGCCACUUCCUGCGCCACUACUACGUCCACGGCGAGCGGCCGGCCUGCGGGCAGUGGCGGCGCGACCUGGACAGCUGCCGCGAGUGGGAGGAGCGCCGCAGCGCCGAGGCCCAGCGGUCCCUACGUGAGAGCGAGCAGGCGAGAGUCCGGGCUACACGGAAGUACGGCCUGGUGUGGGCCCCCAGGCAGAGCCCCCCUGCAGACUGGCACCUCCCUCUGCCCCAGGACAACGACCGGUGACAGGCCCAAAUAGUCCAGAAGGUCCCUGGGAGAUUCCGCCUGGCGUGGGACAGAGUCCCCGUCUCCAGCCUCGCCUGCCUCACCACACUCAGAGCCAGUUCACUCAGCGUGCAGCUCCAGGAAGCCAGGCACCCCUGCGUGUCCCUGUGGGCGGCCAACGGGCAGGCCUGGGGACAGCAGCAAGGAGAGGCCGUCCCAAGGGCUGGGCUCCUCAGUUGAACACUUGAGGGGCAGCCCGGAUCCGUGUGGAAUCGCAGGUGGCCCUGUCUGGCCCUGGUCUGGUGACGGCCACGUGUCCUGGUGUCCUCCCACCGCGGCCACUCCCUCUGCUCCUCUGUAGGCGCGGGCGGCAUCAUCUCCUCGGCCCACAGCUCCAGGACACACAACCUUGUGUAAAGAGGGUUCCUAGACUCUUGGCUGAAGACACCCAAGCCCAAGACACAUGGAAUUUUGGUCUCUUUCCCUCAGAAUUUCCCCUGGUCGUUUUUUGAAAAUGUGGAAUAUAUCAAAAGACAUUUCACAGGUUUGGUUCCAAACAGAAGCUGAAAAUUAAAUCCAGUUUAAUUUUGAAAGGGUUAGAUUUAUAACCUGACGUUGUGCUGGCCAGUAUUAGAAUUUUGUAUGCUUACACUCUUGUAGGUGUUUUAAAAAUAUAUGUAUUUGAACCAACGAGAACACUAGUUCUUUAGAGGUCUCUUUAUUAUGAGUGAAACGAUUUAGCAUCUGUGCCGCCUAACAGGCCCCACCAUGUGGUGCUGAGGGUCAGACCUGCAGCAUCUCAGUGUCUCCCUCACGAUCUGGCCAGAGGUGGUGGUUCAACAUCAUUUUACUCAUUCUUUUUUUUUUUUUUUUUUUGCGGUACGCGGGCCUCGCACUGUUGUGGCCUCUCCCGUUGCGGAGCACAGGCUCCGGACGCGCAGGCUCAUCGGCCAUGGCUUACGGGCCCAGCCGCUCCGCGGCAUGUGGGAUCUUCCCCAGACCGGGGCACGAACCCGUAUCCCCUGCAUCGGCAGGCGGACUCUCAACCACUGCGCCACCAGGGAAGCCCCAUUUUACUCAUUCUUGGGGGCAAAAUAAUCCAUCACUUCAGAAGGGCAUACAUUAAGAGAGUAAAAUCUCCCAUCAUGUGUGUUUGCUCUUGUGCGCCCCAAGAGUCCUUUGUGACUGUGUACCUGUGAGUGGUGGGGUGCGCACAAAGGACUCCCGCAGCAGAGGUGAGUAUAAAGAAGACCCAGGGUCCCCGUCGCAGGGGGGAGCCCUGGUGUGUCUGAGGCAACCGGGGUCCGUCCACCGUGGCUGCGUUCACGGGCAUUUCUGGCCGAGGAGGAGGAGGGAGGCUGCUACAGCUCCACCUGUGUCCUCCUUGCUCUGAGACCUAGGCAGGGAGGCCAUCAGCCGCUCCUGGUGGAGCCACCCUCCUGCUGGGUUAGGGCCGUGGGCGCCUGUGGCCAGGUGCUGGCUCCAUCAGGAGUCCCACAACUUCUUGGAUGCUGAGCGAGCUCCACCGCAGAUGAUCGUCACCCUGGAAAAUGUUCCUCUGUGCACCCAUGUCCACCCCUCAUGUCUGCACACCCUGGGCUUGAAACAGACAAGUGGCCUCAGAGUCCCGUUGAGUUCAGGAGACAGACAUGAACGUUCAAACAUCAGCUGUGAAGAAAAUGCACAGUGACAAGGAAGAGCAUCAUCUUUCAAACUUUGGGGACAGAGCCCACAACGAUAAGCAGUUUGCGUCGUGACCUGAUGCAUCCUGUUACAUGGCACACUGUCACUGAGCUGGGCUUCGUGGAGCAGCACCUGCCCCCACCCUGUGAGAUACUGCUGCCAGGCCUGGCUCCAUUACAUGACGCCGUGAAAGGACAUAAUUACAGGGAUGCGGACGAUUAUGGGGCCGGGUGUCAGGGACAUGGGGCAGCAUCCUGUAGUACAGGACCGCAGGGGUGGCUGUGCUGUGACACGUGGACACACACGAGCACAGCCGCAUCUGGGAGCCUGAACCUACUCUGGCUACAUGGUCUAUCUCUGGGUGCUGGCAUGACUGGCCCUGUAAGAUGUGACACUGGGAGGAGCUGGAGGAACCACACACAGCACCUCCCUGUUGAUUUCCAACUUGUCAAUCUAUGAUUACUUCUAAAUGAAAGGUUAAAACAAAACAGCUGGCCAUGACCCACUGACUUGAUCAUACAACCUCGUGGAUGAAAUCUAUAAGUUGGGAGGUGGGGGAGGCUCAGGGUCCGAGCCUAGACCUGGAAGAGGAGGCUGGAGGCUUUAGGCAGAGAAAGGGCCACAUGUUGAUGAGGUGGGGACGGGGUGAUUUUCCAGGGU